AUGCAUUGCCUGUCCACUAACCAUUCAGUUCAAUUCUGUCCACAUUUUGGUUGAGUUCACAAACACUUUUGAUCACUCUCAUCUCAAAUUCUAAUCUCUCCCUAAAGGAAAAUGGCAGAAAAUUCAUACGAAACAGAACACCCAGUGAAGGCCUUUGGAUGGGCAGCUAGGGACACCUCUGGCGUUCUUUCUCCUUUCAAGUUUUCCAGAAGGGAAACGGGUGAAAAGGAUGUGCAAUUCAAGGUUUUGUACUGUGGGGUAUGCCACUCCGAUCUUCACCAGAUCAAGAAUGAAUGGGGUAACACUACCUAUCCCAUUGUUCCCGGCCACGAAAUUGCUGGUGUGGUGACUGAGGUUGGGAGCAAGGUCGAGAAAUUUAAGGUUGGGGACAAAGUAGGCGUGGGAUGUCUGGUUGGAUCCUGUCGCAAGUGCGAAAACUGUGCCAGCGAUCUAGAAAACUACUGCCCUGGAGGUAUACCAACAUACAACGCUAAUAAGACCAUGACAUUUGGUGGCUACUCCGACAUCAUGGUGGCCGACGAGCACUUUGUGCUCAGAUGGCCGGAAAAUUUACCCAUGGAGGCAGCUCCACUGCUCUGCGCCGGAAUCACAACUUAUAGCCCCUUGAGAUACUUCGGACUUGACAAGCCCGGAAUGAACAUCGGCGUUGUCGGCCUAGGCGGCCUUGGCCAUAUGGCUGUGAAAUUCGCCAAGGCUUUUGGAGCUAAGGUGACCGUGAUUAGCACCUCUGCUAGUAAAAAGCAAGAGGCUAUUCAACACCUUGGCGCAGACUCGUUCUUGAUCAGCCAUGACCAACAACAAAUGCAGGCUGCAAUGAGCACAUUGGAUGGUAUAAUCGACACAGUUUCUGCAGUUCACCCUAUUAUGCCAUUACUAUUCUUGUUGAAAACUAAUGGAAAGCUGGUCAUUGUUGGCGGCCCAGAAAAACCACUUGAGUUGCCAGUGUUUCCCUUGCUCAUGGGUAGGAAGCUAGUGGCCGGAAGUGGGAUUGGUGGAAUUAAGGAGACGCAAGAAAUGCUUGACUUUUCAGCAAAGCAUAAGAUAGCACCAGAUGUUGAGAUUAUUCCAGUAGACUAUAUCAACACAGCUAUGGAGCGGCUAGUAAAAGCUGACGUUAAAUAUAGAUUUGUGCUGGAUAUUGGCAACACAUUAAAAUCUGCUUAAUUAAAUCAAGAAAAGAGAAAAUUAUGAGAGUUUCUCAAAGUUUAGCCAUAUUGUAUGGGCAUAAUAUGAUAUGAUAUGAUCUGUGUACGUACAACUCCAGUAUUAUUGUAAUGUUUCAAUAAUCCCAUUGGCUUAGUUGUUUAUUGGUGCGGAGAUCAUUUUAUGAAUA